AACCGAGUAGUAAACUUAUGCCCAUAAAAGAGACACAUUUUGGAUAUAGAUUUCAAGUGGAAAAAAAAGUGAAAGCCAAAUAUGGAUUGGAAUAUUAUUGAGAACACAAGACCCUUUGUUCCUCAUCCAGAAUCUUCCUUAUCCUUCUUCUACAACAACAACAACCCCUAUUCAGGAAUGGAAAUGGGCCAAGCUGCACUGGGUGAAACACAUCAGAGGUUGCUUCCAGCAAUGGAUGAAAUGAACAUUAAUGGAAAUAACUACAAAGAGAAGAAGAAGAGAUUAACAAGUAACCAGAUUGAUUUACUGGAGAGGUGUUUCCAGGAGGAAAUAAAGUUAGAGCCUGAAAGGAAAAUGAAGCUUUCAAGAGAGUUAGGGCUUCAACCUCGUCAAAUUGCGGUUUGGUUUCAAAACAGGCGUACUAGGUGGAAGACUAAGCAGCUUGAACAUUCCUAUGAUGUUCUUAAACAAGAAUUUGAUGCUGUAUCAAGAGAAAAGCAGAAGCUUCAAGAAGAGGUUAUGAAGUUGAAAGGAAAGCUAAAAGAACAAGCUACCUUCAGGACACAAUCCUAUGUUGAAGAAACAGUAGAAAGCACAUCAGAAGGUCUACGAUGUUCCAACAAACCACAAGGAACAGCAGAUCAAGGAUUCCACAACAACAAUAACAACAGCAGUACUUGUUUCACAGUUGAAGAUUUUAACUCAGUUUCAAUGGCUCCUCAUCAAUGUCACUGGCCUGUGUUACCUUAUUAUCCCUAAUCUACAUUCUACACAAUACAACUCAAAGUUUUAAUAGUAUUGAAUUACUCUAUGAGUAGUAGUUACUAGUUAGUGAUUCAUUGAACUUUAAUUUUUGCGUACUAGUAGUCAAGUAUUAAUGGUUUGAGGACUGACAUUAGGAUCUAUUCAGAACUAUAGUUGUUAUGAGUUAUGAGUCAUAAUAAUUUAUGGAAGCUAGCUAGGGUAAAAGUUAACUAGUAGUAGUGGUUUCCAAUUCUAUUUUUAAGUUAAAACUUUUACUAUGUGGUAUGUACUAUGCUCUUUGG